AUGCAUUUCCGAUAUCUCCUUGUUGCCGCUUCUGUGUCUAUAGCAACUAGCGCUGGUGUUGCUGCUGGUCAAGGUUAUACGUGGGCAUAUUGUUAACAGCAAGAUGUCGGUCUUUGUAUUUCUCUUCCUACUACUUAGAUAGCAUCGUUGAUUUCUCAUUAGGGGACCGACGACAGUCGAGCCACGUUUCUUGGAUGCAAGGGCCAACAAGAACAAUGUACCGCUGUAUGGCUGUGACGAUUGCAAGUUUGUGGACGCUGUUACGGAAGUCGAUCGUAUUGCAAAGUGUCGAAGUGCCGGAAAGAAGAUGCCGCCCAAGGUUGUAAGUUUUGAUAGAUUACCCCCUCGCCUUUGGUUAUUGAUAAUACGAAACUAAUCGUAUUGUAA